UAUUGGCCUGAGCCCGGGUCUGGGCCUGGGUCUGGGUCUGAGCGCUGCAGUGCAGCCUGUGCCUGCCCAGCUGAGAGUAUCAGUCCAUUAAUAAAGGCCCCAGCGAUAGCCAUUCCUAAUCUUGAAAACAACCCUAUUAAACGCUUCAGCCCUUAUCUAACCGCUGCUGGAGCGCGUGCCGGGCCAGCCAGCCUUAUCUGGGAAGUGAGGGGAAACCAUCCUCCUGCGGGCCAUGGCUGUCCACUGAAGCGCCAGGUGCCCUUCAGCAGCUUCAGCCCUCAAAGCAGCAGCAGGAAUGGAGCACAAGACCCAGCACCUCGCCAGGAGUUGGUCCAUUUGUGAACGUGCUUUACAGAGCAGGAUUUGCUCCGUCACUGCCUGCGAUAGCAAAGGCAAGGAUGAAAACACGCAGGGAGGUGACUGCGGCGCGGUCUCAGGCUUGGCUUGUUGCAGUGUGCUCGGCCCUGAUGUACAUAGCCCCAGUGUCUGCUCAGCGGGUUCGUCAUCUCAGGCUGAGCCGUCAGGUUGCGUUUUGAUGCAGCGUAGGUUUUGUUCACGCACGUGAGCUGGUACAAAAGGCGUAGAAACAUUCCUGUUUCUAGUCAGACGCAGACGAAGCGAUGCAGGGGCUGCAGCCUCUGCACCAGCAGCUGAAACCGGGCAGGAGUGAAAGCGUCUGCAAGACCCAGAGCUCCAAGACCCACACAAAUGGCACUAGGAGAACGGGAUUUCCAAAAUUCGGUUGUAUUUCUUUGGCAUCGUGGUCAGAACAGGUUUUUUAAUGUGUCUGGAGUAUCUCUUAUAUCUAACAGCAGGUCGGAGAAGUACCAAGAGGUGCCCAAGCCGUUGCUUUCCAAGUGUUCUCGGGACACGGGCAGGAGUAGGUUUCCCAACAGGAAUCCUGCACCCCAGCCGGGAGCCGACUGCCGGCUGUGCGGGGGGAGGGAAGGGCUCUGUGGCGAGCGCCUGCUGCCACCGGGUGGUAAUCGGUCUCCACUGCGUUUCUACAGACCUCGCUGAAUUCCUAUUUUCAUUUACGUGGUAAUUUACCCGGCGUCUAUUUUGUUCCUAUUCGCGUCCUUUUUUUAGCACGGUUUCCAGAGCAAGCAAAACGCAAUUCAUAUCUGAGAGCAAAGGGAAACAAAGAACACGGAGAGAAAGACAUCUUUAAUUAAGACUUUGCAUAUUUUCCUACUGAAAUAUAUUUAACCCACUUCUGCCUUUUCAUGUUCUUUUUCCAUUCGUGCAGGUGCUCUUUCACACAGCACUUUUUGGGGUAGAACCAUUGCAGCUCUGACGCUGUGUUCUCUACCAGAAUGGUGGUUGUGGGCUGCAGCUUUUUGUAGGCUUCGCUGCUUUCCGUUACAAGGUGUGCUGCGUCGUGACAGGAACAGGCUUUUUAAAGCUGUUUGCUUUGAGCCUUCUUGGCACAUGCAUGCGAGGCUUUUUCUCUGCUUUUUAAAAAUAUUUAAAGUGCUGGGACAAUUUUUGCCGCUGUGAUUUAGUAGGAUUUGCAGCUGUGAAUGCGAUUUAAUAGAAUUUACAGCUGGGCUGAAGUAUCCCCUCUUUUAAAAUAACAUUGCAGCUUCGUGAUUCAGGAGAAUGUGCCUCCCACUAGUUGCUUUGUCUGUAGCUGUGAAUGCUCUGGAGCAAGAGGAGAAUAUGAACAAACCCAAAACUUUUGUAUGUGGCUAAAUAGGAAGCUUAAUCCUAUGGUUAGGGGCUGGAACUAUAAAUGAGCAUAUUUGGAUCUUGGGUUUUUGCUUUGCUGAUGACUUGCUUUCUGCUCUCUCGUGCAAUUUUUAACCUGCCAGGGUUUUUUCUCCAUUGGUAAAUUGGUAAUAGGAAAACCUCAGAAUGCUUUGGGUUUGGGGACCUUUAUGUGUUGUAACAUGCUGGAUCAGAAAGAUGGCAGGUGGGAAAUAGUGCAAGAUGUGGUGUCAUCAGAACCUAGCGAGAGCGGUGGGUCUUCUGUUUCUCAAACUGAAAAGCAGUUGGUGGCUGGGGAACCAACGGAAGAAACGUUUUAUCUUAAAAAGCUGCCUAACAGACACUGCCUGCCUUUUGUGGCUCUGGGCCAGUAAGUUUUCAGAGCUGGUCCCACAGCAUCAAUCCAGAAUAUAUGGAAACAAAAGCGGUGAGACUCCACAAAGCGUUUUAUAUCUUGCAGGUUUCCAAAACCAGAGGGAGAAUUUCCAUGGCAUCAGUGACCUAUUGAGGCAACUUUUGAGCUGAGAAUGGAGCUGGUGAGCAGCAAAGACCCCCAACUCCGAGAGGUCGUGCGGUUUGCAGUGUGCUGCAGAGCCCUGACGCUUCUGCUGCAGGCUCUGUUUAACCUCCUGAUCCCAGAUCACGCUGCAGACGCCUUCUCUCCCCCUCGCCUGUCAGAGCCUGGCCUGUGGGACCUGCUCUUGGAGCAGCUGCUGGGAGGCCUCUCACGCUGGGAUGCAGAGCACUUCCUCUUCAUCGCCGAGCAUGGUUACCUGUACGAGCACAACUGUGCCUUCUUCCCGCUGUACCCCCUGAGCGUGCGUGCCGUGGCUGAGGGUGCUCUGUGGCCCUUGCAGCGGCUGCUGCGUUUGCGGAGCCGCUUGCUGCUGUCAGCCAUGCUUCUUAAUUCUCUCUUUUCUGUCCUGGCAGCCGCUGCCCUGUAUAAGCUGGGCUGUGUCGUGCUGCAGUGUCGCAGGGUGGCUUUCCUUGCUGCCAUUCUCUUUUCUGUCAGCCCUGCCAACAUAUUUAUGGCAGCUGCUUACUCAGAGAGCAUGUUUGCCUUCCUGGCAUUCAGUGCCAUGUGGCAACUGGAGAAGGGGCAGAGCUGGCUCAGCGGACUGCUCUUCUCCCUUGCUUCUGGGGUGCGUGCCAAUGGGCUUAUUAAUGUUGGCUUCUUCCUCUACUCCAGCUGUAAACACUUUGCCCUCCAGCUCCAGGUGGGUUCAGGAUCAGUAAGGAAGCUCCCUCUGUUGUGGAAGCAGCUCCUUAGUGUGGGAUCUUCAGUGAUUCUGAUGUGUGCUGGGAUUUUUCUACCUUUUGCUUUAUUUCAGUGUUACGCUUAUGGGAGGUUCUGUGGUCCUGGCAUCGGCCUGGAGCAGACUGUUCCCAAGCCGCUGCUGCAGCUGGCCCUGGACAAGGGCUAUGGUCUGGCGGCCAGGAAUGGGGUUAAACCCCCUUGGUGUUCCCAGCAGUUCCCUGUGGUCUAUUCCUAUAUUCAAGACACUUACUGGAAUGUAGGCUUUCUGAGGUAUUUUGAGCUCAGACAGAUACCAAAUUUCUUGCUUGCUUUGCCUGUCACACUUCUGGGCUCGUGGGCUGCCUGGACCUUCAUCCUUGCAAACCCCUGGCACUGCCUAACUCUUGGUCUAGAGAGAAGAAAGAGUGAAGAAGAGGGUAAACCAAGAGCUGGAUUUUGCUGCCCCGCUGUCUUCGUGUAUGUGGUCCAUGCCACGGUCCUGCUGGUGUUUGGAUUCUUCUGCAUGCACGUGCAGGUGCUGACGCGGUUCCUUGGCUCCUCCUCUCCCAUCCUGUACUGGUUCUCCGCUCACCUGCUUCAGGAAUACGAACCUUUACUCUGGAGCGAAGGGACUGAUGAUCAAAUCGUGGCACUCCGCUCUGAGAAGUCUCUUCUAGGUAAACCUCCUGGUUCCUGUGGGAAAGAGACUUCUGAAAACCCCCUUGUGAGGCUGCUGAUGAACUGUAGCUUAAUUAAGCCCCUCAGCAAAUGCGUUCUCUCAUUCUUCCUGUCCUACUGGCUUCUGGGACUGAUUCUGCACUGCAACUUCUUGCCAUGGACGUAGCGAGGGUGUGAUUGGUACAGACUGGUGGUGGGGCAGCAGUGCUGAUCAGAAUUGAAUCUCACUUUUUCUAAAAAGCCUGAUGUAUGUGUAA